AUGACUGCAAGGGACGACGACGCAAGCGACCUUGAGGCCCUCACAUCGCCUAAGAAGAGAAAGGCGACGGUUUACGAUGCUGUUGCGGGAAAAGUUGGCACCAACGGCUUCCUGACGAGCGACGAGAUUGCGAAGUCGACCAAGUCUCUAGCUCCGGACGAAGUGCUAUGGCGCAAGACUUCUAUGGAUGCAGAGGAAUUCCAGAGAUCUUAUUCGAAACAGCACGAUUCAGAUAUUGACCUGCCCGAUUCGGAUCUCCUCAAAGCCAUCCAUGCAUAUGCAUCGGACUACUACAGCAGAGCAACGCCAGAGCACGGUACACACGACUUUCGCAGUAUGGAUGGAUCUGCUCUCAUCGCGCUUGGCUAUCUGCUCGAAGCGACCAUCGAGAAGAGUCUAGGAGAUAAUGGCGACAUGGCUCUUGUUGAACCACGGUCUUGGACGAACGGCCUGCCCGAGUCAACACUGACGAAGCAUCGCAUCCAUGGCAGAGUGAAGCCAAUACCUCCACCUUCUCCGGAAAGGCAUGGCAGCGGCAGCGACACAGACCAGAAGCCAGCCAAGAAGCGAAGAGCUUGA